UCUCUUCGUUUCUUCUCUUCUAAAAUGAUGGAAAUUGGAAGCAACUCGCAGUCGCUUGCACCAUGAAAACUGUCAUUAAAACCUACUCCAGCAAGAAACCUGUGCAACCAAUUGAAUUGAAAGAUGAUCCUUUUGAUGUGUUGCGGGAUGCACCUAAGCCUAGCCCUUCCUCGCCGGUCUCUAUUUUUGACGCCCUGUUGGCUACCUCCAAGUCGAGCCCUUCACCUUCAGAUAAUUCAAACAAAGAUGAUUCUCUAGUGGCUUUACCAGAUGAGUCACUAUGUCAGAGAUUCCUGCAAGAGCUCAGCCUAUCUUCAGCUGGAUCAGUUGAGCGUUUCAACUCGGAAAUAGAGCUUAAAAAAAAUGAAAUCCGCAAAAGUGGUGAUGCAUACAAACUCACAACUACCAGUGAUGACCCCGGCUCUCAAAAUGCUAAGAAGAAAAAAAAGAAGAAAAAGAAAAAAUCAAACCAAAAAUCAAGUGACCAGGAAAAAGGAACCCCUUACCUCAAAAGUGAAAAUGAGUUCUUUUCUCCAUCAGUUGAGUCAAAUACCGUACUUUCCUCAAGAGAAGAAGACAAAGAAAAUUACCACGUAAGCUCCACUAAGAGAGGCAAGAAAAAGAGACGGACAAAAAAAAAUGAGAAAUGUGAAAAUGAGGCAAAAGCUUCAUCUGAUGAGCGCUGCCAAAUUCCUAUAGUGGUCAAACCCCCUACCCCCUCAGUGAAUGUUCCAACUAAGAGAUUACGUCAGCCUACAUCAGAUAAAAAUCUUCUACAGCCUAGCGCAGCUUUGAAAACAGCAAAACGUCCUACAAAGAAAUCUUCAACCGGGAGAGUUCUGGAUUUAUCAAGUUCUGAAAAUGAGUUAAAUACAUCAACCUGCACCAGUAUGAAAGAAACCUCUGAACUAAAUGAAAGUCAGGCCAGUCAACGGAACAACUUUGUUUUCAAGAAUGUUACAACAAGGAGACGUGGCAGGAAGAAAUCAAUCAAGGGUUGUAACCUGGUGAAACACGUUCUAUCAAAAUCUCUAAAGGCAAGCGUGCAGAGCUCCUCCAUCAGUGAAAAUGUUUCUCUCACCUCACUUGCUGAUUCACCAAAUAGCUCAAAAACUCACAGCACCAAAUCUCUAUUGAGCCACCAGACCGAAUCGCCCUCCUCUGUUCUAUCGCUAUCCACUGAUUCAAUGUCUGAUAUUUCCUCUUUGCAAACAAGCUUGUCAAGUAGGAGGAAGAAGUCUUCAGUCCUAGCUAUGAGCACUCCUAAUGCAUCUGUCAGCUCUACCUCUUAUAGUGAAAUAGGAGCAUCCCCUUCAUCAUAUUCUUCUGACUUGGAAACCGGAGAAUCGCCUUCCUCAAGUGGUCUGCCCAAUGUUUCAAUCAGUUCAAUAAGUGGCAAAUCUUCACAGGAUACCAGCAACGCCCUGAGUCAUAUCGAAACAUCUUUACGAAACAUUUCUCUAUCUAGUAGCUCCAGUUGUUCCUCACCCUCAUCUUCAAACCCCGAUGUAAAAUCCCAGUCUUCACAAUCGUCAACUCACAGCUGUAGGAGUAAAAUUCAAACUAUACAAAAAGAAAGUGACACCUUAGAUUCAAUUAUAUCUACUCAAGAGUCAGGGCAAUCCUGUGAUGUAACUGAAAACUCAGUUUCAGGAAAAAGCGAAACGGAACAAAUUUGUCAUACCUCAACCAUCCGCAAUUCAGAAACAUUAAUCGCUCCAAAAAGUAAAGAUGAUGAUGGUUUUAAGAAACCCUUUGUUCCUAUGAUUCCUAUCAGUAAAUACCAAAAAAAAGAACCGAAUUUCUAUGUACAGAUGGCAACAAUUCAAGAAGACACCAUUAUUGAAAGAUACUCGAAUACGAGAUUCUCAUUGGCGGCUCAUUCCAAAUUGGGCACCUCAAAUAUGAAUUUUUCGAUAAUGGGAGAUACAACUGCUUCCAACAUGAGCAUUAAUGCUCCAGCAACAGCCAACCGUUUUGUUUUGGAGACAGGCAAACUUUAUAGACGCUCCCUCCUCAGAGCCAGGAGAGAGUCACAAAAAUUAAACUUGUCAAAAGCUUCUAACAGCUCAAGCUUGAAUUUCCUGCAUGAGACCACGCAAUUUUCAAACCAAACAGAUUAUUUUACACAAAACAUGGAUUAUCUGUACAAAAGUCAUUUAUGUGAUACCAAAAUCCAAGAUGUCUCUCAAAGGAUGCUUUUGAACCACACUGAAAUCCAAGAUAUCUCUCAAAAAACGCUCUUGGACAUCAGCAAAAUCCAAGAUGAUGAAAGCUUUCAAGAAGUGCCUGAUGAGGAGGUAGCAUUAGAUCAUUUACUGCAAAAGAUCUCUGCCAAGGAACUAACCUUUGAAAGGUGCCAUCAGGAUGGACCUCUCAAGUUUAGUGAGCUCUAUUCAGACAAGAUUCUAAGGCAAUGCAAAAAAUUAGGAGAAGGAGUCUUCGGCGAAGUGUUUCUUCUCGGUCAAACACAAAACAACAGUGUGAUAAAAAUCAUCCCCAUAGAAGGAGAUAAAAUCGUCAAUGAGGAGAGGCAGAAGAAAUUCCAUGAAGUCUUAUCAGAAAUAAUUACCGCACAGGUCCUGUCAGACUUGAGGCAUACGGAGUCAAACAACACGGUGAAUUUCAAUCAAGUACUUGCAGUCAAUAUUGUGUGUGGGAAAUACCCUCCUAUCCUCAUCGAGCAGUGGGACAUCUAUGCAGAGAAAGAAAAAACUUACAAUGAUAGACCUGAUAUGUUCGAUGAGGAACAACUGUAUGUGGUUUUGAAACUAGAAAAUGCUGGUAAAGACCUGGAAUCUUUCGAAUUCACAAGUGCCUACCAAUCCUACUCAGCAUUUCUACAGUUGGCCUUCGCUUUAGCGGUUGCCGAAACAGAGGUCGAAUUUGAACACAGGGACCUUCACUGGGGUAACCUCCUUAUCAAACCAACAAAGGAGCGACUGAUGCCGUUCGUCCUCGACGGAGUAGAAUACAGCAUCCCAAUGCAUGGUGUACAGACCACCGUCAUUGACUUUACUCUGUCCAGGACUACGUUUAAACAUGAGCUGGGCAAGUACGUAGUUUAUUUCAACCUUGGAAAUGACCCGGAAUUGUUUAUGUCUGAAGGGGAUUAUCAAUUUGAUAUCUAUCGAAUGAUGAAAGAAUCGAACAAUGAUGAUUGGUGCACUUUUAAUCCAAGAACGAAUGUAUUUUGGCUGCACUACACGGUAGACAAGCUGGUUUCAGAGUGUCACUACAAAAAAUCAAAAGAUUGGCGUCACAAACGAUAUCUUAGUCUAUUGAAGAAGAUUCGUGAGAAUUUACUGUCAUGUCGGAGCUGUAGAGAUUUUAUCAAAUCAUUCAAUGAAACUUACGGAAGGCCCAUCACAGAUCUCUCAGCACCUUCUGAUACAAAAUAGGUAGCCUUGUACGAAUUUUAUAUUAAGGUUUCCCUUCACAAAUGAUCUCCAAUGCGUUCACUCAAUGUGUUCCAUCUAUUUUUUAAAAUUUUUAUUAUAAUGUAAUAGAAUUCAUAUUUUUAUGUGAGUACUGAAUAUUUUUGUAUACUAUGUAUACUAAAAAAGUAAAUUGGGUAACUUAUUAUUCUUAUUAAAUUCUGGAAAUUUUUCUAGGUUUGAUCUUAAUUUAAACUUUUGCUUUAAAUCAGCGAUUGGUCCGAUGUCAGUGAAAAUAAGAUUCCGUAAGAGAAGAGAAAAAGAUGUAAAAGGUCAAUAGAUGCUAAAAAUAUUUUAAACGCACAAUUUAUCCAAUUCAGUGUAAAAGAAAGAGUUCAAAUUUUGAUUCUUUGUGCCAUCAAUAUUUUUACGUAUUUUGCUCCAGAAUUAUAACACAAUACAGAACAAGUUCCACACAAUAAUAGUGUACCCCAACUUGCUUUGAUUUUACACUUUUCUCAAAUUUUCAUGUUUUCAUUUGAGAUUUUACACUUUAUGAUUUAUUUACAUAAAAAUUAAAACAAUAUCUUUGCUUAAGUUCUUCUACAGGGUGGUUUAUAAGUCUGCUCGAUCAGCUUUCAGCAUUAUCCCUGUAAGUUUUGAACAAAUUAAGAUGGACUUGAAAUUUUCUGAUUGCUCCUAGGUCAAUGGACCCUUGGACUUUUAAGGGGAUUAUCCCGCAGAGGGGCAAGAACCCUAGAGGUUAUAAGGGUUGUGCGGGAUUUUUGAAUCGCCCUGUAGAAUGAAGGCGCUUCUCCCUCUUUACAGAAGUCAUUUGCUCUAGCAGCACUAAUCAUUGAUAUCUGGGAGACAAGUCUUGCAAGUCUUGUUGUGACAAGGUUGCCACAGUCGAGAAAUACCAGGAAAUGUCAGGGACUUUAAAAAAAUUAGGGAAAACCUGUAAACGUCGGGGGAAAUGACAAAAAUGUCAGGCAAAAUUGCUAAGUCAUCUUUCUUUGCUUCUUAGAAUGGGUUUAACAUUUUGAACACAAACUUUGCCUGAAAACAAUUCCAAAUUAUGUCUUUUUAACCAUCUGGUAUAUCUUCAAUUAUUAAGGAUUUUUACCAAAAUGUGUUAUAUAAAUCAGGAAAAUGUCAGGGAAUUUCAUUUUCUAAAUUCUGAGACAACCGUGUUGUAAAUACUUCAAAAAUACACUUCUCCUGUGCAUACUUAAUAUUAAAGUAUUCACCCUUUAAAAUUUUAACAUUCCUUUCCUAUUCUUCAGUCCGAGUUGAUAGUUCAUUUACACUCACAUUGCAAACAUGAUUUGGUGUAGGAACACCUGCGGAACUUCAAAGGUUUAGUGAUACGAUGUUAUUUUGAAUUAACUCUCAGUGAUUAUUGAUUGUGUACUUUUUCAUACAAUAUUUGUCCUGGAGAAGCUCUGUGUGGGAAGCAGUGUAAAAUUCAGUUCUAUGGUGUCUCUCACCACUUAAUUCAGGCUGAAUUGUAGUUUGCACUCUUGAAGGGCCAUAUUGUACUUGAUUUUAUAUCUUUUUGCGGCUCUCCUGCACUCAUGAAAUGGUGCCAAAAUCACAUCUUCCGCACAAUGAUCCAACAUUUACUACUUUAAAGAGUAAUGCCUCUAGACUUUCUCAUUUCAAAGUGUGUCACCACAAAUCCCCUUUGAUACCUUGAAUUGAUCUCUUCUUGGAGUUGGUUUAUUUGCCCACAGCUCUUAACAUGGGCACCAUCUUCUUACUCUAAGUAUUUCCCAGGAGUUUCUUAAAUAUUGACAUGCAGUACAGUUAACAUAUUCACGAUUCCCCCCCUUCCUCUAUAGGAAAUAUAGUCAUUUACAUGUUUCAGUCGUAAUUUUGUGAGUUGGGACUGUUGAGUUUUAUCAUUGUUAAAUAAACCCUUUUUUCACUUUUUAUAAUUUAUAUGAAUUUUGUUAGUUUUGAAAUUGUAUUUUUUUAUUAAAAACAAUAAGUUGAUUUAA